AUGAAGUUUAAAGUUUCAUCAAUUUUUGUUCAAAUUUUAUUAAUUUUAAAAUUUUCUGAAGAAUACAACAGAAAAUUCUUAAAAAUUGAAAAUAGCACAACAUUGGGAAAGACCUCAAUUAUUGAAGAAUGUCAGUUUAAGGACACCCGAUUCAACUUUUCUUUGAGAAUAUUUAAUGGAUCUGACGUGUCCAAUUUCCAAGUGAACCUCUACAAAGUAGAAAAUAACGUCGCAAAACGCAUAGCAAGAACCCCAAAAUUCGAUGCCUGCCAAUUCUUAUCAAAAAGAAAUCGUCAAAAUCCCGUAAUUAAUGCAGUCUUGUCAGUUUUGAAGCAGUUCUAUGACGUAGCUAAAGGAUGUCCAUUUGUUGGCACAUUAGCACUCAAAAAUUUCUCAUUAAAUGACAAAAGCUAUACACAUGCUUUGGGAACGACUGGAAUUGAUGAAAUGCUGUUGAGUGUGUCUGUGCUGUUUCAGGUUGAUGAUUAA